CCGCGACAGUUUGUUUUUGUUAUUCUCAGGACUCGUUCACGAGGAAAUGAUCGUCACAAAUUAUACGUAACGUAAUAAGUAACGCACGAGCGUGCGUUUGUCAUUGCUCCACCGUGGCGCCUUCCUGUGCAUAGUAUUUUGUGUCGGGAUGUCUUGACAAUGAUGGAUUCAAUUGCAAGCUGGAUAUUUCUGGAAAUAUUGCAGUGGUUUAUCCAUGUCAUAAAAGUGCGUGAUCUAGUCUCGUUUUGAACAUGCGCGACUUGCGUGUGGCGCACAGGGAGAGGCGGCAAAUAUCUGCAUUAACUCUGCUGAGAAUAAUAAGGGCACUUGGUCCAGCUUUGGCAAGUGGAGUGAGGAUGGUGGAUCUGACUGCAGGAGAUUUGCAGGCGCGGAUAGUGGGGUGUGUGUGUGUGUGUGUGUGUGUGUGUUUGAGACACACCACACAGCACCACUUAGCGCCGCUGUGGUGACCCAGUAUGACGAACUAAAGCCCUGGACAAUACGUGUCCAUUGGAUAACCAGCUCCCCCCACUCUCUCUUCCUCUUCCUCUCUCUCCCUCUGUCCGUGCGCACUCGCCGUGCUUUCUUCAUGCGUCAGGGGAGCUCCGUGAGUCACGGCAGAGUCGUGCGUAACUGCAGAUUUCACUCCAUUUGCGCUGAGAUUCCGAGGACCACUGAUGUUUAACGCUCACUUGCAAGGACACUGAUCUAGAUCGACAUAUUUAUCUUGUGGAACAUCCCACAGCUCGUCUUCUCUCCCUCCCUCCCUGCUCUCUGUACCAGUCCGACGUCAGACAUGACGACCGAGACCCCUCAGCAACAGCUGGACCCUCCGCCUCCUUUGAGAUCCAGCCCCGGGUCUAGCGUAUUGCACCCCGCCAUGCUGAGCCCACAAGCCGCUGCUGAAGCUUCGUCCUCUGUCGUCAAAGGGAAAAAGACAAGUUCUGUUUUAAGGCGACCGGAAAAACCGCCAUACUCUUACAUUGCCCUCAUUGUUAUGGCAAUUCAGAGCUCCCCCACCAAACGACUGACUCUCAGUGAGAUCUACCAGUUUCUCCAGGCUCGCUUCCCAUUCUUCAGGGGCUCAUAUCAGGGAUGGAAGAACUCAGUCCGGCAUAAUCUCUCUCUCAACGAGUGCUUCAUCAAGCUGCCCAAAGGACUGGGGAGGCCGGGGAAAGGCCAUUACUGGACCAUCGACCCGGGCAGUGAGUUCAUGUUCGAAGAAGGCUCGUUUCGUCGCAGACCCAGAGGCUUCAGGAGAAAAUGCCAAGCUCUGAAACCCAUGUAUCGGAUGAUGAACGGAAUAGGCUUCGGCGCAUCCAUUCUCCCGCAGAGUUUUGAUUUCCAGGCUCCAUCUGGAACCAUCGCCUGUCACAGUAACAGCCUGGAUAUGAGCAAUUCGAUGGCCGGGGGAUACGAAGGUCUCAGCGGCGGCCACCACGUAUCACACAUGUCACCGAGCCCCGGUUCUCCGUACAUGGCGAGCUGUCCCGUGCCGCCUAACGGGGAAUAUGGACCGGACAGCAGCAGCAGCAGCCCCGUACCGUCCUCUCCUGCCAUGGCCAGCGCGCUGGACUGCCACUCCCCGUACGCUGGUACAUCGGCACACUGGUCAUCUUCCGGCGGGUCCCCGUACAUAAAGCAGCAGCCUCUCGCCUCCAGCAGUGCCGCAUCCUCUAGUUUACACUCCGGUAUGUCGCCUUAUUCCCUGGAGCAGAGUUGCCUUCACCACAGCGGCAGAGACAGCAACUCCACCGACUUAUCAGUGGGGAUUUCACGGUAUCAGAGCCACUCGUCGGUGUGCGACAGGAAAGAUUUCUUGUUGAACUUUAACGGCAUUUCGUCCUUCCACCCCUCCUCCGCCAGUGGAUCUUACUACCAUCACCAUCCCCGCCACCACUACCACCAUCCGCAGGGCGUGUGUCACGACAUCAAACCGUGCAUCAUGUGAACACUUUGUGUCACCGAGGACUUUAAACCCCAAAGGAAAUGAGAUGAAAGUGUAUUUUAUUUUAUUAUCAUUAUAUAUAGUUUUUUUUAUAUAUAUAUAUACAAAUAUUGCUAUUAUUUGGUAAAAGUCAUACCUGGAAGGAUUUGUAUGUGCGCUCGUGCCUUCACCUCCUCCCUGCAGCCAAAGAGAAACGAUGCAUUUUGAAGGAAAUGAAGAAACACACAGAAGCCUUUAAAGAAACCGCUUUGCCUGUGUCAGAAUAACAACUUUGUUUGGUCGUAUACUUGCAAACAAAUUGUAUUCUAUCUAACGGUGUUGUGUCUUAUCAGAGUAACCACACACACACACACACACACACACACACA